AUGUCUGAACAACAAUAUAACGAGCCUCGCAUUAAAUCCAAUAAGCGUAGCAAUGCACACCGGAGGCGCCGCGAUGAUAUCGACUUCGAGGAUCGAUGGGGCGACGAGGAGAUCGCCGAAGACGAGGAGGAAGCUCAAUCCGAUUUUGCCGAGUCGUCCUCAAAGAGGGUCAAACUUUCGGACGGUUCCGGAUCUCAACAAGCGAGGGCACGCACUCCUCCACCAGAAUCGGCUGAAGAGAAGGCCGAGAGGGAAAGAGAUCAAGACUUGAAGGAACGAGACGAAUUCGCAAAACGAUUGGCGAAAAGAGACGAGGAGCGUUCGAAGAAGAUUGUGGAAGAUAGGUCGGCGCCUAAAGACAGCGUAGCAGCUCAGAGAAGGGCGCUCGCAGAUGAUAUAGCCGCCCGAGCAGCGGCGAUGCCAGAUUUGCGGGUGCGAUCUCGGCAAGAUUAUCUCAAGAAGCGAGAAGCUGAGCGCUUGGCCCUGCUACGGAAACAAGUCGCAGAAGAGCAAGCGGAGUUAAGGGACAACCCAGACCUGACAAGACGAGAGAAAGAAGAGUUUGCAAGAAACAAGGAGGUCUUGCGGCUGGCAGAAGAGAGACUGAAUAUCGACGAUCAUCUGGAUGGCUAUGCUCUACCCGAAGACUAUAUAACAGAGAAGGGCAAGAUCGAUCGGCGAAAGAAGGAACAGGCUCUUUACCAAAGAUAUGUCGACCGAGACGAAACUGGUAGGGAACGCUACGUUACGGAGCAUGAGGAGUGGGAGAAUGAGCAGACGAAGCGCGCAGAAGCGCAGAUCAAGCGAGCCGAGUUUGUCGAUGAAGGCGACUACGGCUACGUCUUUGACGAAAGCCAGCAAAUGAAGUUUAUUGUCGCAGAGACAUUAGGUGGGGAUCUGGGUAAGGGAAUGACACGAGAGCAGAGGGAGAUGGCUCAAAGACUGAGCGCGGCCGAAGCCAAAGCUAAGAGCAUCGAGGAGACGAGGAAGAGCCUACCUGUUUAUCAGUUCCGAGACGAAAUCAUCCAGGCUGUGAGAGAUCACCAAGUCCUGAUUAUCGUGGGCGAAACGGGCAGUGGGAAGACGACUCAGUUACCUCAGUAUCUGCAUGAGGCCGGAUUCACGCAAGGUGGCAUGAAGAUUGGAUGUACGCAGCCUCGAAGAGUUGCCGCCAUGUCUGUUGCUGCACGAGUUGCAGAAGAAAUGGGCAAGCGAUUGGGCAAUGAAGUCGGGUAUGCUAUUCGAUUCGAAGAUAACACUAGUGAAAAGACGGUGCUCAAGUACAUGACGGAUGGUAUGCUUCUGCGAGAGCUGCUGACAGAUCCGGAGUUGUCUCAAUAUUCAGCCCUCAUGAUUGACGAGGCACACGAGCGGACUGUCAGCACAGAUAUUGCUUGUGGGCUGUUGAAGGAUAUUGCAAGAGCACGUCCCGAUCUGAAACUGUUGAUUUCUUCUGCUACGAUGGAUGCGCGAAAAUUUCAAAAGUAUUUUGACGAUGCACCGAUCUUCAACAUUCCUGGCCGAAGGUACGCCGUUGAUAUUCACUACACGGCUCAGCCAGAAGCCAAUUACCUCGCCGCUGCCAUCACCACCGUCUUUCAGAUACACAUUACGCAAGGGACCGGGGAUAUCUUGGUGUUUCUAACUGGUCAGGAAGAAAUCGAGGCUAUGGAAGCAAGUCUACAAGAAACGGCCCGUAAAUUGGGAAACAAAAUCAAAGAGAUGAUUAUCUGCCCGAUCUAUGCCAACCUGCCGACCGACCUACAGGCAAAGAUCUUCGAGCCAACACCCGCAGGGGCGAGGAAGGUGGUUCUCGCCACCAAUAUUGCCGAGACUUCGUUGACCAUCGAUGGUAUCGUCUAUGUCAUCGAUCCCGGGUUCGUCAAAGAAAAUCAAUACAACCCUCGCACAGGUAUGGAAUCACUGGUUGUUGUUCCCUGCAGUCGUGCGUCAGCAGGUCAGCGGGCAGGUCGGGCAGGUCGUGUUGGUCCUGGCAAGUGUUUCCGGUUAUACACCGCCCAGGCCUACAAAAACGAACUUGACGAGAAUACCACCCCGGAAAUCCAAAGAACGAACUUGACUGGGGUUGUUCUCCUCUUGAAAAGUCUAGGCAUCAACGAUUUACUCGACUUCGAUUUCAUGGAUCCCCCCUCAACAGACACCCUUGUCCGAGCAGUCGAGCAACUGUACGCGCUAGGGGCGCUCAACAACGCCGGCGAGUUGACCAAGAUCGGUCGACAAAUGGCUGAAUUUCCCACAGACCCUAUGCUUGCUCGGUCUAUCCUUGCUGCUGACAAGUAUGGAUGUGUGGAGGAGGUGCUGUCGAUAAUUGCCAUGCUUGGUGAAGCAUCCGCGCUCUUCUUUCGGCCAAAGGACAAGAAGAUCCACGCUGAUAGUGCAAGGGCGCGGUUUACGAACAAGGAUGGCGGUGACCACCUGUCACUGCUCAACGUCUUCAACGAGUGGGCUGAUUCGGACUACAGCUAUGUCUGGGCCAAGGAGAAUUUCUUGCAGCAGAGAAGUUUGACCAGGGCGCGUGAUGUACGGGAUCAGUUAGCCCGACUGUGCGACCGAGUGGAGGUUGACGCCGGCAAAAGCUGCGGCGGACAAUCCAACAUUGAGCCUAUUCAGAAGGCUAUUACUGCUGGCUUCUUCCCUCAUUCUGCUCGACUGCAACGAGAUGGGCAAAGCUAUCGUACGGUGAAGAACGGACAGGUUGUCUAUAUUCACCCAUCGGGAGUUCUCAUUGAGAGCCAACCGAAAUGGUUGAUCUAUCAUGAACUGGUACUGACCAGUAAGGAAUAUAUGAGAAGCUGCAUGCCUCUGAAGCCCGAGUGGUUGAUCGAGGUGGCGCCUCACUACUAUAAGAAGAAAGACCUGGAGACCUUGGGCGUGGAGCGAAAGGUCCCCAGAGGCGAAGGAAAAUCCCAGAGCAAGAUAUAA